CGGAAAUAAUCACAGAAACCGGAAGUUUACCCUAGAGGGACAGCGAUGGCGGGGGAUACCGCCACAGAACUGCUCUUUAUUGACACAUUUAAACAUCAAAGUGCAGAGUUAACCAACAUCGACGUGGUGCGGUUUCCAUGUGGGGUUCUAAUCACAGAGGUGCGGGUUAUUCCUCCAGGAAUCAAAGCGCACAGUAGCUUACCCGACAGCAGAGCAUUUGGGGAAACGUCCCCUCAUGCAUUCCAGCUGGAGUUGUUCUUCAAUAAUGUCGCCAAACCAAGCCCUUGCUUCCACAGGCUUGGCAGUCUUGAAUAUGAUGAGAACAAGUCCAUCGUUUUCAGACCUAGUGGAAAGGUGAACACAGAUGGACUUGUGCUGCGUGGAUGGUACACCAGUCUGACUCUAGCGGUCUAUGGUACGGCUGAGCGCGCCCAUGGCUAUGACCACGGCUCACCGCCACCACCACCACCCCCUCCUCCACAGCAACAGAGCGGAGCCAAGAGGGCCAUUAAACAAGAGUGGGAUACUGACGACCAGUACAAUGGAAGCCCACCCAGACCGGCCCCCCGCGGGCCACGCACGCCGCCCGGCCCGCCGCCCCCCGACGAUGAUGAGGAGGAGCAGCCGGUCCCAGCACCAGUUGUGGCCAUGGAAUCUCAACUGGCGAAUGUGGUUUCCGUGGUGACCGUUCCAGUGGGGCCAGUGAAGGCGGAGCCGGCGGAAAGUCGUGGAGACUUCCUGGAGGCGGUGUCCCCCGAGCGCUCGCUGCCCGUGGAGGAACCCUACUCUGAGCCCGAGGGGGAGGAGCCAGAAGAGGAGGAGCCGGAGGAGGAAGAGGAGGAGGACGCCAGGACGGAAGGGAGCGUGCCUGAGGAAGAGGAGGAGGAAGAUGAGGGUGAGGACGAGGAAGAGGAGAUGGAGGAAGGUGACGAUGGAUACGAGCAGAUCUCCAGUGACGAGGACGACUUGGACAACGGCAGCUUCAAGCUUCCCAGCUUCGACAUGGACUACACUCCGGAGGACCUGGCCUCCGUGCCGCCGGUCCAGUAUGACCCGUAUGAGCGGGAACUCAGGCCGCUGAUCUUCUUCACGCCUCCGUACAAGACGCGCUUCGAGACCCAGCUGGAGAAGGCCAGCGCGGAGGAGGCCAGGGAACCCGACAGCAUGGAGCCGUCUGCCGGAGGGGAGGAGGCGGCAGAGGCCGUCACCCAGCUAAAGGAACUCCUGAUGGCCAUAGGAGAGGACAGAGACUCUCGCUGGGUCACUGCUCUAGAACAGGCGGCUGGAUUACUGGCCAAGGGUCUGGGCUUCCUGAUUGGACAGGGGGAAGGACAAUGGGAGGAGCCAAUAGCAAACUUCGUCCAGUGGGCUCUUCAAGGCUUGAGUAUGGACAUUGCAAUAACACAGCCCAUCGCUCUUAACCUCAGACAGCUGAAAGCCGGAGCCAAGCUGGCCUCCUAUCUGGCCGAGUGCCCUCAGGGCCUUACAGCGCUGCUGCGCGCGGGGGCCCUGGGUCAGCUGCUGGAGCUGCUUCACGUGGCCCACGUCUCCUCAAGCCUAAAGCUCAGCAUCCUGAAGGCCCUGGACGCCCUCACAAACGCUCCUGCUGGGGUGGAGGCCUUCCUGCACGCUGGGGAGGGGGAGAAGAGUGGCUAUCAGUGUUUGGUCCAGCUGUUUUUGAGAGAAGAGACGGUCAGAGUGGUAACCGCUGGCAACGCCAUCCUUCAGAAGAGCCACGUCUACGAAGUACUGGUGGACCUCCAGCAGACUGCUACCGUGUGGAGUGAGCCUCAGCAGGAGGAAACGGAUGACGCCGACAGCCCUAUAGAGGAGGAGCCAUCAUUAAGCCCCUCCCCAGUGAGUGAAGCAGAGCUGGAUAGGCUGGCUGGAGUUCUGGAGGAGUUGCAUCAUCUCCUGGAGACUGCCCCCCACACCAUGGUACAGCCUCCUGGAAAAGCCUUCCCCACCACGGUCCGGAUUACAGGCCCCCAGGAGAGGGAUGACCCAUAUCCAACACUGUACAGAUACAUGCUGGCCUGCUGCUUCCUGGAGAGCACCACGGUGGUGCUGUCCACGGGCGUGGCCUCGGGCCACCUGGGCGUGGCCCAGGCCGCCCGGGAGCUGCUGCGCCUCCUGUCCCUCACGCAGCCUGGCCUGCUCUUCAUGAUGGCGCAGCCCGCCCCCACCAACCUGCUGCUGCGCGUGCUCGCCAGUGCCGCCGACACCGAGGCGGCGGCGGAGGAGUGGGGCGGCGAGGGCCACCUGGCGGGCCCGGCGCUGGGCGAGGACGGCUUCGGCGCCUGGCUCAUGCAGGCGCUGCACGCGCUGCAGGGCGUGUCUGAGCUCAUGGGCCACGUGGCGGCGGGCGGCGAGGGCGCGGCGGGCCUGGAGGACGGGGACAACGCCGAGGUGCUGGGCACCCUGCACGCCCUCUACCUCAUCACCUUCACGCAGACGGGCCGCAGCGCCGUGGCCCACGCGCUGGGCCUGGACAACAACAUGUCCUGCCUGCUCACACUACUGCAGCACCACGGCAAGGACGGCCAGGGGGAGACCAAGGCCCGCAAGGCGGUUACGUACAACUACGCCUGCAUGCUGGUGCUGGUGGUGGUGCAGAGCUCCAGCGACCUCAGCAUGAUGGAGCAGUACGCAACGCCGCUGCUCACUCUGGCCAAGGCCGACGACACCAACGCCAAGCUACAGGAGCUGAGCAAAUGGCUGGAGCCCCUUGAGAAACUCCAGUUUGAAAUCAGCAGCAUUCCCACCCUCAUCGACUAUGUCAAACAGAAUGUGGAGAACGUGCUGACCCCAGAGGGAGCCGGGCUGGUGACCGCGCUCCGGGUCCUCUGCCACAUCGCCUGUCCUCCUCCUGCUGUCGAAGGCCAGCAGAAGGACCUGAAGUGGAGCCUUGCGGGCGUUCAGCUGUUCUCGGCCGAGGGCCUGGACACGUGCGUGCGCGUGCUCCAGAAGCUGUGCGGCGUGCUGCUGCAGCCGUGGCGCGUGCACGGGCCGGUGGGGCCCACGCCCGCGCAGCGCUGCGUGGUGCUGAGCGUGUGCGCGGGCGCCCUGCAGCUGCUGCGCACCAUGCUCACCGAGCUGCUGCGCGGCGGCGCCUUCCAGUUCCGGGACGCGCGCGUGGCCAGCGUGCUGGUGCACCUGCACAUGGUGGUGUGCUCGGUGCCGGCGUCGGGGCGCCUGGACGGGGAGGAGGUCAGGGUGCAGGGCCUCAUCGUGGACGUGCUGCUCACCUUCACCCAGGGGGUCAGCGAGCAGGCGACUCACACUGAGGAGACUUUGGCCAGUAACACCUGGUGUCUGAUGCUGAAGGAGGUGCUGGGGGCCCUGAUGAAGGCUCCAGAGGGCCUAUUCUCUGGCCUCACCCUGCUGUCUGAGCUGCUGCCUCUCCCACUGCCCAUGCACAGCACACAGGCGGUCUCCGUGGAUGACAUGGCGGUGGCGCUCAACACCAGGAAGCUGUGGAGCAUGCACGUGCGGGCGCAGUGGAAGGUGUUUGCUGAGGCCCUGAAGUGUGUGUGCGGAACAGCCUGCCCGCCGCUGCUGGCCAUGCUGCGCAGGGUGUGUGUGCAGCUGGCCGACCUGUCCGCCACCACCGCCACGCUCAUCAUGAAGUCCCUGCUGGAGCUUGUGCUGGAGGAGCUGCAGCCGGCUGAGGGCAAGGCGGUGGGCUGGGGCCAGGCCCUGCGGCUGCUCUCCAUGCUGGACGCCCUUGUGUCCCAGCGAGCCUGCAAGGGCGCCGUGCUGCACCUCCUCUCCGGCUCGCCGCCGGGCGAGGACCAGCUGGCGGAGCUGUUCCCCUCGCUGCUGGCCCUGCUGGCGCCCCCCACCGACCACGCCCCGCAGCAGCAGCAGCAGCAGCAGCAGCAGUGCAGCGAGCUGGUGGCCACCGUGCUGCAGUCGCUGUGUGACCAGGACAUCUCCCUGGUGGCCAGUCCCCCCGGGGACGGCUGCGUGGCGGAGGCAGAGCAGCUGGCCAACUCGCUGCCGUGCCGGGAGCUGAUGUCCUCGGUGUGUGGCUCCUUCCUGGAGGUCCUCGGGACCCCGGAGAGCAGCCCCCCGCUGCUGCUGACCUGCAUCCGCACCCUCAUGUUCCUCACGGAGCACGACUACGGCCUCUACCACAUCAAGUGUGCCCUGAAGAAGCACGGCUCGGCCCUGUUCUCUCUCUUCAAGCGUCUGGCUUCAGCGUUCAACAAAGACUCUGCCGAGCUGCUCGCCGCUCUGCUCGACUUCCUCAGACAGGUCCUCAGCGCUGAGUCCAUGGUGUGCUGUGGCGAGGAGGGCCAGGGGGCAGGGGAGGAGCCAGGCUUUGUCCCGGCCCCACGCUCCGUCACUCUGACUGGCUCAGAGAUGAAGGCCCUGCUGCAGUGGGAGGUGUCAGACACACACCCGCUCACUGCUCUCCAGAAACAGAUCUCGAAGCUGAGUAAGGAGGACGAUACUCUAGAGACCAUGUUGGACAACGUUGUGUACCUCAGGCAGUCUUUUGACAACGCCACGGACGUACUUCCUGCGGCCGACACUGAGCCCUCUCUGCCCGGUCCAGAGACACUGCUGGCCCAGUUCAACCACAGGACGGUGUUCAUCCUCUCAGAGGUUCUGGACGAGCAGCUGAAGGCUCUGUGGUUCUCUCCCUUCCACGCUGACGACAUGGAUGCAGAGCUGGACAUGGUGAAGGUGGACCUGAUGGGCCUGGCCCAGCAGUGCUGUCCAGGCCUGGACCUGAAGGCCGAGCUGGAGCGCUCCUUCCUGUCCGAGCCCUCGUCCCCCGGCCACACCAAGACCCCCAAAGGCUUCAGGCUGGGCAAGCACAAGCAUGAGACCUUCAUCACCAGCGGGAAGUCUGACUACGUGGAGCCCGCCAAGCGCGCCCACAUCAUGGCGGCCCCCCGGGGUCGAGGGGGCCGCGGGGGCUUCGGCCAGGGCCUCUGUCGCCCCCACGACAUCUUCCGCCAGCGCAAGCAAAACACGUCGCGGCCCCCUAGCAUGCACGUGGACGACUUUGUGGCGGCGGAGUUCAAGGACAUCGCCACGCCCCUGGGGCUGCUGCCGCCCAAGCGGCCCCCCAAGACCUCCCCCAAGCCCCCCACAAGGGGCCUGUUCACCGGUAACCGGGGCAGGGCCACCUUCCACAGCCAGACCCGCUUCUUCACCCCCCCACAGCCCAAGGGGGUCCUGCUCUCCGCAGGGAACUACCCCCGUCGAGAGGGAGGAGGGCGGGGCUCGUCGUGGAGCGCCCAGCUGCAGGCUGUCACUCACAGAGGAACCUAUAGCGAACCCCGCGGAGGACAGAGUAACUUCACCCGCGGCCCACUCCCGUCCCGACAGCCCCCUGCAGGCGCGUACCGCCUGGCUCCUAGAGACAGAGCUCCACGAGGCCGCGGGGGCACUGGCCUCUCUUGGCUCAGUGCUGGAGGAGGAGGAGGAGGACAAGGAGGAGGAGGUGGUGGGGGAGGAGGACAAGGAGGAGGAGGAGGUGGUGGGGGAGGAGGACAAGGAGGAGGACAAGGUGGGGGGGGAGGAGGUGGGCAGGGAGGAGGUGGAGGCGCAGGAGGAAGAGGAUCUCAAGGGAGUAAGUUCAGCGGGGGAGGUGGUGGUGGCGGCGGCCGGGGACGCCACGUGCGCUCCUUCACCAGGUGAACCCAGACAGACAAUGCCCGACUGUGGAGGCUUUAAACGGACCAAACCAAGCACCCUUCCCACCGGCCGCCUGGAGACCAGGCUUUGGUGGAUUGUGAUACAGUGACUGUUGAACGAACUUAUUUUUUGUGUUAAUGUGUGAGGAAUAAAGGUUGUUACUGGACUUACUUCAA